AUGGAAUGCUUCGAAGAUCCGUUUAUGAUCCGUUUUUCCCAAGGCACCAUCGGGGAGCAUUUCAAGGAUGAGCCACGUCCGUCCAUUUUUGAGACUCUUGAGCAGAUCGAAGCGGGGAUGGAGAAGCGCAAGAUUGCACUCAUGCACAUCGUCAGGCGGCAGGACGGUAUCCUCGUGACUUUGGACAACCGAAGGCUGGCAGUUUACAAGAUGGCAAAACGUGCUGGCCAGUGUGGCAAGGUCAAGGUGCUGCUUGUUCGCUUAGAAGACGUAGAGAGGGAGCUGCGUCACAAAUCGGAUUCCAUGGUGGAAGGGCGGUCAGUGAAGGUUCGGGGAACGAACAUCACCAUCCACGCCGAUGGCAGCAAAACGGAGACGCCGUUGAUGUCAGAUGGACAGUUGCAGCACCGUGCAGAUAUGGGCGGGCAUUGGACUCAAGAGCAGAACGCCGUCAUCUCACGAGGGGUCACUGACAUUGAGGCAGUGGUAAAGCAGGUGUUGGGUGGUUCUGCUAAGCUCAUGAAAGCUGGAAGCUUUAUGAAAGGCACCGACGUGGCUGGCGAGUCUGACAUCGAUGUCAUGGUCUUUGGAAGUGGCCCUAUUUCUCGUCAGCAAUGGGAUGGGAUCGUGUCGGGCAUCAAGCAGAGAGGCUAUACCAUAGAAAGUGUCAACCCUCGGUGCAUUCACGUGAGGGUGGACAAAGGCUUGGUCACCAUCGAGUUCGAUGUUGUUGCAAACCAGAGGCAAGGGUUCCCGCCAAACAAAGAGCCCGAGAAUCCCUUUCGAGACAACCGGUUGGCUGCGCAAGCAGUUCGAAAUAUCAAGAUGGAUUUCAUUGAGUCCGAGGAGAAGGGCUUUAGUGGCCAUGCCAUUGAGCAAGCUGUGCUGAAUGAGCAGCAGAAGUUGCGGUCCCCUAGACUUGGAGAGCUGAUUGAUGUAGCCAAAGCAGCUCUGAAGAGUCAGAGGACACAAAAAUUGAAGCGCCCUCUCACGGCUGCACGUGAGAACAAUGCUUCAGAGGGGACCACUGAUUGGUCUAAACCGGUUGGAGAGGGAAAGUUUCGAAAGGUCUUUAAAGGAGAAUAUACUGUCGGUGAUCGCGCUGGACAGAGCAAUGUUUCGAAGGUUUUCAAGGAUGGAACAGAAGCGUUCGAGGACUCCUUCUUUGAGCAUGAUGUAGCUUUGUGCGAGAAGGCCAUUGAAAUCACCGAUGCCUUCAACAAGGUGAAAAAGUUUAAGUCCUUGGUUCAGGUGUGCAAAGCUGAAAUCUGGCAUAGCAAGAAGACCAAGCAGCGUUUCUUGACUGAGCCGUUCAUUGCAAACUUUGACAACUUCAACUCCAACAGUGGGUGGCAAGGUGUCAGUGAGUGGUCCAAAGCACUUCAGAGCCUGAGCCACUUUUCUUAUCAUUAUAGUCAUGGAGAUGUGGUUCUUUGCGACUUGCAGGGUGCGAUUGAAGAUACUGCUGUGGUUUUGACUGAUCCGGUUCUAAAUUCCAGAGACAAGCGCUAUGGCCCAACGGACUUGGGGCAAAAGGGGAUUGAGAACUUCUUCCAUCACCACACGUGUGGCAAUUGGUGCGAUGCCGCAUGGUCGAAACCACGUGCUACCUACAAGCACUUUACUCCUCAGGCUGGAACAGCCAUGAUCAUGUGA